AUGGGUAACCCAAGCGCAAAGAGAAAGAGACCAGAGGGUAUGGGCUACCGCAAGCCCAAGAAGCUGGUGAAGAAGUUCAAAAAGCAAAAGGCCUACCACAGUGACAGCGAGGACGACCAUGUCCAGACCACAAACACCACAAGCGAUUUCAAGCCCGUCGACAUGGAUGACUCGGAUGAGGAGGUUGAGGAUGCUCCUGCCCCUGCUCCUGCUCCUGCUUCCGCCCCCGCCCCCGUCCCCACCCCUGCUCCUGUCGUCGAGGAGAAGAAGAAGGACACCUCCAAACCUACCGUCCCAGCAAAGUCAGAGCCCAUGCCCGCACCAGUACAACCGAAACUCAAGUCGGCAUUGAAACAGUCAAAGAAGGCUGAUCCGCCAUCUGAGAGUGACGAGGAUGAGGAUGAGGACGACGACGACGACGACGUUGAGGACCUUGAUGCGCUGGACGACGAGGACCUGGACGACGAGGACCUGGAAGACGACGACGAGCUCGACCUGAGCGACGACGAGGACGGUGAAGGCAGGACGAAGAAGACGCGCAAGCGCAACGAUCCCACAGCCUUCGCCACAUCCAUGUCCAAGAUUCUGGGCACCAAACUUACUACGUCCAAACGACAAGAUCCCGUCCUGUCGAGAAGUGCUGCUGCGACGGCCGCUUCAAAGGAAUUGGCCGACCAGAAGCUCGAGCUCAAGGCGAAGAGAAAGAUGCACGCUGAGAAGAGAGAGGCACUGGAGAAGGGUCGUGUCAAGGAUGUUCUGGGUCUGAAUACGCCCGAAGUCAGUACUGCAGUCAUUCAGGAGACUGAAAAGAGGUUACAAAAGACUGCCCAACGCGGUGUCGUCAAGCUAUUCAACGCCGUCAGAGCGGCACAGGUUCAAGGAGAGCAAGCCCGAAGCGAAGCAAAGAAGGAGGGCGUUAUCGGCAUCUCACAAAGAGAGGAGAGAGUCAGCGAAAUGUCAAAGAAGGGCUUCCUCGAUCUCAUUGCCACGGGAGGAAAGAAGCCUGCUGCUGUGGAGGCUUAG